ACACUUCCACUUAGAGUAAUAUCCUCAAAUGCUAGUAAGAGUGAUUUUAUUGUCCCGUUGGGCCUUCAAAGCUAAUACCCAACCCAAACCGGGCUGUCCAACUUUUCACCACUUUCUUCUAUUCUCUCCCUAUUCACUCCUCCUUCUCCUCUCAUCGGAACCACCCUCCCUUUUCAGAUUGAAAUCUCUCCGAUACUUUUGCACUCAAAACCCUAAUUCCAAUGGAUACACUUCAAGCAACAUACAAAGACGAAGAAGAUGAAGAUGAAGACCUUCCACUCGCCACCACAACCGCACCCAUCGCCGACCAACCCGCUGCCUCCGUCGCUACCGAUAUGGAAUCAACAUACGCACCUCUGAUCACUUCAAGCACCCCUUCUGACACCCUUACCGAACCCCAAAACGAUGGAAAAUCGGAGCUCGAUCCCUCUGAUGAUCCCUCCUCCGACGAAGCUGCAUCAAACGGCUUGAAUUCCCCGAAGCAGAGUAGAGGAGAUGCCGAUGAAGAUGAAGAAGAACCGCCUCCGAAGAAGCAGAAACAACUGUCCUCUCUGGAUAUUGUCAAGGACGAAUCGGUGUCAUUGCCGGAGGAAAACAACGGGACAAGAAAUGCUGUUGCGUCAACCGCAACGACAUCGACGCCGGCAAACGGAACUGUGAAGAAAUCGAAGAAAAAGAGCAACAAUGUGUGGGCUACAAAAUCAACAAGGAAAGGGAAAAAGAAAAGCAAAAACAACAACAAUAAAAACAACAAUAAUAAUAAUAACACCAACAACAACACAAAUGGUGGAGAAGACAGCGUUCUGGUAACACCGGUACCAAGGUUCCCGGAUAAAACGGACGAUACACCAGAUAUGAAGAUAUGUCUCUCAAAGAUAUACAAAGCGGAGAAAGUAGAGUUGAGUGAGGAUAGGUUGAGUGCAGGGAGCACAAAGGGUUAUAGAAUGGUUAAGGCAACGAGAGGGGUAAUUGAAGGAGCUUGGUACUUUGAGAUAAAGGUUGUGAGGUUAGGGGAGACUGGACACACACGUUUAGGUUGGGCUAUGGAUAAGGGUGAUUUGCAGGCACCUGUUGGGUAUGACGGGAAUAGUUUUGGGUAUAGGGAUAUUGAUGGGAGUAAGAUUCAUAAGGCUUUGAGGGAGAAAUAUGGCGAUGUAGGUUACGGAGAAGGUGAUGUUAUUGGGUUCUAUAUUAAUUUGCCUGAUGGAGAGAAGUAUGCGCCAAAAAACAAGCAGUUGGUUUGGUAUAAAGGACAAAGAUAUGCAUAUGCUCAAGAUGCUAAGGAAGAUCCACCCAAAGUUGUGCCCGGAAGUGAAAUGUCUUUCUUUAAAAAUGGUGUAUGCCAAGGUGUUGCUUUCAAGGACCUCUAUGGUGGUCGUUACUAUCCUGCUGCUUCAAUGUAUACUCUGCCAAAUGAACCAAACUGCACAGUAAAGUUCAACUUUGGUCCUGACUUUGAAUUUUUUCCUGAAAAUUUCAAUGAACGGCCAAUUCCCAAGCCAAUGAUUGAAGUUCCUCAUCAUGGUUUUGACAAUCACGUUGAAGAUGAGAAGAAAUUAAAUGGAGAAUCGGAUGAGAAGAAAUUAAAUGGAGAAUCGGAGGAGAAGAAAUCCAAUGGAGAAUCGGAGGAGAAGAAAUCCAAUGGAGAGUCAGAUGAGAAGAAAUCCAAUGGAGAGUCAGAUGAGAAGAAAUCCAAUGGAGAGUCAGAGGAGAAGAAAUCCAAUGGAGCGUCAAAUGAGAUGAAAUCAAAUGGAGAGUCGAAUGAGAAGAAAUCCAAUGGAGCGUCAAAUGAGAAGAAAUCAAAUGGAGAGUCGAAUGAGAAGAAAUCCAAUGGAGAAUCGAAUGAGAAGAAAUCCAAUGGAGAAUCGAAUGAGAAGAAAUCAAAUGGAGAAUCGGUUGAGAAGAAAUCAAGUGGAGAGCCGGAUGAGAAGAAAUCAAAUGAAGAGUCGGAUAAGAAGAAAUCAAAUGAAGAGUAGCAUGGGCUACAGUUUUUUGCCAAGUAUAUUUGCUGCACAGAUGGAUGGGUUCAUAUUCUGCUAAAACUUUAGUUGAUAUUAGGUUGAUUCUUAAAUGACUAGGUUAGUGGUGUAAACUUACAAAGAUCUUAAUAUUCUUAAAAUCCAUGGAAAAUUCUUAUACUUUUCAAAGGUGUAGUCAGAUAUUUUGUAGUUUCUCUGGCACUGUCUUGGAUAUUUCUAGCCAUAGUUACAAAUGCAUGAAUCAUUUGUUUGAUAACUUCACAAAAAAAUAUAUCUGGUAUAGUUAAGAUCA